GCUGGUCACCCCACCCUAAUCUUGUUAUGCAAAUAGGCUUCCCACUUGGCGGGCGCCGUCUUGUCCACUCGUUUCUGUACACAUGGGUGGCAAAAAGAGAAGAUGGAGCUGCCAUUUAGAACAUGCCUAAUCCCAGCUUCAUCUUGCUGAGCAAAAAUGAAGGAGCCUGGACCCAACUUUGUUACUGUGAGAAAGGGUCUUCAUUCAUUCAAGAUGGCAUUUAUUAAGCACCUACUGCUGGAGUGCAGUGGUUCAAUCACGGAUCACUGCAGCCUCCACCUCCCAGUUCAAGAAAUUCUCAUGUCUCAGCCUCCUGAGCAGCUGGGAUUACAGACAAACCUUGGAAAUCAAGAAAGUUCUGGAAUGAUGAAGCUGUUCAUGCCAAGACCGAAAGUGCUGGCCCAGUAUGAGUCCAUUCAGUUCAUGCCGUGACAAUUUUCUUGGAACUCCUUUUUAUUGUUAGUUCUCAUUUGUUUCCAUAUUUAGUGAAUGUACAUUUAAUUGCAAAGCUGUCAUUAAUAAAAAUUCUUAUAGUACCUCA